GUUUACCCUGGAAGGAGAUUAAGAAUUUAAGAUUAAGAUUAAGAGAGAGAGAAAGAGAGUGAAAGAGACGAGGAAAGUCUCUCUGUGGCUCUAGUUGAGAGAACUGAGAUCGAUCAUUCGAGAGAGAGCGAGAGCGAGAGCGAGUGUGUGAGAGAAUGGGAGAGGUAGCGCGUGGAGGUUGUUGCCCUCCGAUGGAUCUGUUCCGUUCGGAGCCGAUGCAACUUGUUCAACUCAUCAUUCCCAUCGAAUCCGCUCACCGCACUGUCUCCUACCUCGGCGACCUUGCGCUCCUUCAGUUCAAAGAUCUCAAUGCAGACAAGAGUCCUUUUCAACGGACCUAUGCAACUCAGAUAAAAAGAUGUGGAGAGAUGGCUCGUAGAUUACGUUUUUUCAAGGAGCAAAUGUUGAGGGCUGGUGUUUUACCAAAAUAUUCUACAACACCAAUUGGUGUGAACAUUGAUGACCUUGAGGUAAAACUUACAGAAAUUGAGUCUGAGUUAACUGAGAUGAAUGCAAAUGGUGAAAAGUUGCAACGGUCACACAAUGAGCUUGUGGAGUAUAAGCUUGUUCUGCAGAAGGCUGGUGAGUUUUUCCACACAGCUCAAAGCCGUGCCUUAGAGCAGCAGAGAGAAUAUGAAUCACGUCAGCUGAGUGGUGAAUCUAUGGAAACACCUUUAUUACAGGACCAAGAAUUGUUAGGUGAUACAAAGCAAGUGAAGUUGGGUUUUUUAGCAGGUCUUGUACCCAGGGAAAAGUCCAUGGUGUUCGAGAGAAUUUUAUUUCGUGCUACUAGAGGAAAUGUAUUUUUGAGGCAGGCUACUGUCGAGGAGCCUGUCAUAGACCCUGUUUCUGGAGACAAGACGGAGAAAAAUGUUUUUGUGGUCUUCUAUGCUGGUGAAAAAGCAAAAGCCAAGAUUCUGAAAAUAUGUGAUGCCUUUGGUGCUAAUCGUUACCCUUUUGCUGAGGAACUUGGAAAACAAGCUCAAAUGAUUAGAGAGGUUUCUGGAAGACUUGUAGAAUUGAAGACCACUAUAGAUGCUGGAUUAGUGCACCGGGAUAAUUUGCUAAAUUCUAUUGGGGCUCAAUUUGAGCAGUGGGAUGCUUUGGUGAGAAAGGAGAAAUCUAUUAAUCAUACCCUGAACAUGCUAAGCCUUGAUGUGACGAAAAAAUGUCUUGUGGCUGAGGGGUGGAGUCCUGUUUUUGCAACUAAACAGAUCCAGGAUGCAUUACAGCGGGCAGCAUUGGACUCUAAUUCUCAAGUCAAUGCCAUUUUCCAAGUUUUGCAUACCAGGGAGUUGCCACCUACCUAUUUCCGUACAAACAAAUUUACUUCUUCAUAUCAAGGAAUUAUUGACUCAUAUGGGGUUGCUAAGUAUCAGGAGGCAAAUCCUACUGUGUAUACUGUAGUUACCUUUCCAUUUCUUUUUGCUGUAAUGUUUGGCGAUUGGGGGCAUGGAAUAUGUUUACUACUGGCAGCUCUAUAUUUCAUAAUCAGGGAGAAGAAACUUUCUAGCCAGAAGCUUGAUGACAUCACGGAGAUGACUUUUGGAGGUCGUUAUGUUAUUUUGUUGAUGGCGUUAUUCUCAAUCUACACUGGCUUUAUCUAUAAUGAGUUCUUUUCUGUACCGUUCGAAAUCUUUGGUCCCUCUGCAUAUGAAUGUCGCGACCUUUCUUGCAGGGAUGCUACAACAGUGGGCCUGAUAAAAGUGCGUGACACUUACCCUUUUGGAGUGGAUCCUGUCUGGCAUGGCACCCGAAGUGAACUACCAUUCCUAAACUCAUUGAAAAUGAAAAUGUCAAUUCUUCUUGGAGUUGCUCAAAUGAACCUUGGAAUUAUAAUGAGCUAUUUCAAUGCCAAAUUCUUUAGAAACUGUGUAAAUGUGUGGUUCCAGUUCAUUCCCCAGAUGAUAUUUCUCAACAGUCUAUUUGGCUACCUAUCCCUUCUUAUCAUUGUCAAGUGGUGCACUGGUUCUCAAGCUGAUUUGUACCAUAUUUUGAUCUACAUGUUCCUGAGCCCCACAGAUGAUUUGGGUGAGAACCAGCUCUUUGUUGGUCAGAAAAAUUUGCAGCUUGUGCUUUUGCUUCUGGCCUUUGUCUCUGUGCCCUGGAUGCUAAUUCCAAAACCUUUUAUCUUGAAGAAGCAACAUGAAGCUAGGCACGGGGUUGAAUCCUACACACCACUUGAAAACACAGAUGAGAGCUUGCAAGUGGAGUCAAACCAUGAUUCCCAUGGUCAUGAGGAAUUUGAGUUCAGUGAAGUCUUUGUGCAUCAACUCAUACAUACCAUAGAAUUUGUACUUGGAGCAGUCUCUAAUACAGCUUCUUACCUCCGACUAUGGGCCCUUAGUCUUGCUCAUUCAGAGUUAUCAAGUGUCUUCUACGAGAAGGUUCUGAUGAUGGCAUGGGGGUACAAUAAUGUGAUUAUCCUGAUAGUGGGUCUCAUCGUCUUCAUUUUUGCUACCGUUGGAGUGUUACUUGUCAUGGAAACUCUGAGUGCGUUCUUGCAUGCGUUACGUCUUCACUGGGUGGAGUUUCAAAACAAGUUUUACGAGGGCGAUGGUUACAAGUUCCACCCUUUCUCGUUCUCAUUGCAGGAUGACGAGGAAUGACUUGCUCUAAGAUCGCAUUAAUAAGAACGAGGAGUUAUAUAGCUUUGGACCUGUAUUGAUUCUUUCAUUUGAUGUAACUAGUAAGUUGUAUGCGUUGGAAUUCCUUGGAGCUUUUUCAUCAAACGUGCUGUCUUGCUUAUUUAUCCAUCGAGGGAAUAAAUAUUCCCAAUUAGGGGAGUAACUUUGUAUCAGCUAGUCAGGUGUGGCAAAGUGUAAUAAUUACAACUUACAAGAUAAACUUUUUAUUCAUAUAUUUAUUUGUUUAAA